AUGGUGCUCGGGUGUACAGAGGGGCCCCCUGCUAUUGAAUCGGCACAGGGGGCCCCCAACGAUUGGGGGCCUCCUGGGCCCGGGGGGUGCCCGGGCCCCCCGAGGGCCCUUGAGGUUGCAGGGCCCCCUGUAAUUAGGACUUGGAAGGAAUGGGGGACCCCCUGCUACCUAUCGCAGUGUCUACGCUGCUGCAGCGGUUGUGCUGCCUUAGGUAUAUCACGACUCCUUAGGAGGGGUAACAUUAUCUGUGCUCUGCAGCUGCUGCAGUUGGGGCCCACAGGGGCCCCCGCAGGGGCCCCCGUUGAGGUGUCUCUGCUGCAGCUGCAACCCCCUAAAGAGGUCUGCCCCGUGGCAGCAGCAGCGCUGAGGAAUAUAUCAUCAAAAGUAUUCUUUAGCAGCAGCAAGAGCGACAGCAGCAGCAGCAGCAGCGAAAGCAGCGACAGCAGCAGCAGCACCAGCGACAGCAGUAGCAGCAGCAGCGACAACAGCAGCAGCACGGUGGAAGUUUCUGCAGCCCCGGGGCCCGCUGGCCCUGGUGGUAGUGGUCUUGCCGCUGCGGCGGCGGCAGCAGCAGCCCCUGAUGCAGCAGCGCAAGCAGCAGCCCCUGCAGCAGCACCAGCAGCAGCAGCUCCUGCUGCUCCUUCAUGUUUCUGUCGCUAUUUGCCUCUUUGUGAAGACUGCUUAGGCAUACAGGGGGCCCCCCAUAGGGGUAUUGAGGGGGCCCCCAAGGGUUGCAAGAACUGCAGCAGGGGGCCCCUUCCUCCUAUAGUAGAAGCAGCACGACUAUCUCGUCUUUCUUUAAUGCCUUGGGGGGGCCCCUUAUUGAGGGAAUAUGUCUCUUCUUCAGCCUUAGCAGGUUUUAUGGGGCCCCCCCUUGGGGGCCCGCAGGGGGGCCCCCCUGAUGGGGCCCCCUCAGGGGUUCGUUUUUUGCGGUGUCUGUACACUUGGGGAUCGCAGGAUUCUUAUCUGUUGGGCCUUCCUUCUUUCUCGUGCCGCGGAGAUAAGAGAGAUAAGGCCCCUACAAGAGUACCCUUAAGGACGCUUAAUGCUGAGCAGCAGCAGCAGCAACAGCAGCAGCAGCAGGAGCAGCAGCAACGGGAGAAGGAGGAGGAGGAGCAGCAGCAGGAUAAGAAGGUUAAGGUUUUUACCUGCAGCAGCUGUGGGGGCCCCCAUUGCUUCCCCUCAGAGUGCCUAGGGAUAACAGGGGUAUACUGCGGCCCUGGGGCCUCUGCAGCAGCAACAAAUAGUACCCUUUGGGUGUGGGGCCCCGCAGCAGGAGGCAGCAAAGGGGUUGUUGUGGGGCCCCAACCCCUCCCCUUAACGAUACCCUCAUCUACUCUCCUGGACAUGGAGGCCCCUUCAUCAGCAAGGGGGGGCCCCGAGAAGCCCAUGCAUGUAGCGCAGGUUGCAUUAGGGUCUCGCCAUGGCUUAGCCCUCCUUAAGCGGGAGCCAUCGGGGGCCUCCUCCUUGGAGGUCCCCUUCCUGGGGCCCCCCUCUUGGGCGGACCCCAUGGGCCCACUGAGGGCCCCAAGCGGUGCUACGGGGGCCCCUGUUUCUGAAGACAAUGAGAGUACCGAAACCCUCCUCUAUGUGUGGGGCCCGGACCCUUUGUGGGGUGCAGGAGCAGCAGCAACAACAGCAGCAGCAGCAAACUCAGGAGCAGGAGGCAGCAAGGAUGGAAAGGGGCCUCCUCCUUUCGGGGGGCCCCAGCUGAUGUGCCACUCUGGUGGGGGGGCCCCCGAAAAGGGUCCGGGUAGGGGUCCCCUAAAGACAGAGCUUGAGACCCUCACGAGGCCGUACAAGGGCCCUAGGGGAUCCCAUCGAUCUGCUGCAGCUGAAGCAGCAGCAGCAGGAGCUGCAGGGGAGCCGCUGCUGCCUAUAAGGGGCCCCCUCCGGCUGUCUGUCUCUUCAGUUUCGGCAGGAGACAGACAUGCAUUGCUGCUGCUCGAUACAGGGGCCACCUUAACACUAGGGGCGAAUGAUAGGGGACAGUGCGGUUUGCCUCCUUCUGUCUCUUUUGUCUCCUCCCCUGAACUUCUCUCUCUUCCUCCUGUGGUGCAGCUAGCAGCAGCAGGUGCUGCUUCUGCUGCACUUGCAAAGGCACCUCAACAGGUUUUUGUAUGGGGCGCAUGCCCUGUUUCUCCGUCACCCCCUGGAGCAGCUAGCAACCAGCAGCAGCAGCAACAGCAACAGCAGCAACAGCAGCAGCAGCAACAGCGACGACGGCAAGAACAAGCCGCUCCGUCUGUAUUUGGCCGGGGCAGCAUAAGCAGCAGGACGAGCAGCAGCAGCAGUAGUAGUAGCGCCAGUAGUAGCAGCAGUAGCAGCAGCAGCAGCAACAAGAACUGGGAGUUAUUUUUCAAGCCUCUUCCUGUAAAGCUAAUGAGGACUCACUCAACUCCCUCUGGAGGGGCCCCCCAUGGGCCCCCAGGCGAGUGGCAGCAGCAGCCUAUGGGGCAUGGGGCCCCCUCGUUGCAGUUAAUAUGCGUAUCAGAUUAUGCAGGUGCUGCAAUUACUUCUAAUGGCUUGCCUGCGGAGAUGCAUUUCGUAUCUCAAGAGCAAGAGCCUUCCAAUGAGGGCCCCCAAGGGCCGUUCGAGGUGGGGGGGGGGCCCUCAGCGCUGUACCCUCUACCCAAGUUUUCUAGCAUCUCCUUUGGGGGCCCUUUAAAGCUGCUGGGGCUGACGGCUGAUGGCCUAUUGUAUUCUAUUCCCCUUAAAGCAGAAGCAGCAAGUGCUGCUGGUGCUCCUGCUGCUGCUGCAGCAGUCGCUAUAGGUACACCUCAGCUGCUGCCUUUGGGGGGCGUUGCAGCAGCAUCAUGCAGCAGCUGCCACGGCGCUGCUGCUGUCGUCUUAGCUCUACCUGAAUACCCUAUUCCCCUUCCCAUGGUGGAAGGGAAGAAGCAACAGCAGCAACAGCAACAGCAGCAACCGGAGCAACAGCAGCAACGGGAACAGCAACAACAGCAACAGCAGCAACAGGAACAACAGCAACGGCAGCAGCAGCAGAAACAGCAGCAGCGAGAGGAAUUUCCUUCUCUUGUGUCGUUUUGCUGCAGCAAAAUAGCUUCGCGUUGCUCUUGUCUUGCAGAUUUGCUGCAGCUCUCAGGUCUAAGCAGCAAGCUGCUGCUGCCGCAGCUGUUUGACUUUUGCUGCUGCGCUCUUCUGCUGAACCUUCCCUUGCUGCUGCUGCAGCUGCAGCAGCAGCAGCAGCACCACGUCCACCAGCCUCUCGUGCUGUACCGUGCUGCUGCUGCCGGCAUGCAGCACUUGCUAGCGCAGCUAGCGGAGGCAGGGGCCCUUAGUGUGUGGCCCCACAGCGUAGAAGGGUUGGGGGCCCCCCCAUUGGAGGACGUCUCUGAGGAAGGGCCCCCUGGUUCCCCACAAGGUAGUACUAGUGCCCUUGAGGACCCCCUAGCAGGUAGUAGUAGUAAUAGUACCCUUGGGGGCCCCGCAAGUGUGUGCCGCCUACCUGCUGUCUGUACCCUUAUCUCUCGCAACCCAGGGGCCCUUCUUGGUUGCUGUAGGGGGCCUCGUGAAGACAUUUGGUUGUCUCUAUUUGCUGCUGAGGAGGGGCCCCUAAAUGCUGCACUCCCGAAGAAAGAGGCCCCUGCAGCAGCACAAAGCGCUGCGGGGCCCGUUGCAGAGCAGGAGCAGCAGCUACAACAGCAACAACAGCAGCACCAACAACUACAGCAGGCCAACAAGGACUGCAAGCAGCAAAAGCGGCAAAAGCCGCAAGAGCGGAACAAGCAACGCCACGCCGUGCAGCAGCAGCAGCAACAACACCAGCAACAGCAGCAGCACCAGCAGCGUGAUCCUGAAGAGAGGCAGCAGGCGUGGGUCCAUCGGGGGCAUCGCCCUUUAGGGAGGUCUUCGUUAGAAGGCAGCAGCAGCAGCAGCAGCAGAACAAACGAAAGCAGCAGCAAAGAAGUACACCCUUUUAUAAAAAGGUCACAGCCACCUGCUGAGGGGCCUCUUAUAGCUAACUCGCUGGGGGCCCCCCUGUACCCUCACCCUAAGGAGGCCCCCCCCAGGGGUACCCGGAUGUCUUCUGCAUCGCCGGCUGUUGGGGCUCCCCAGUGGGUUGUUGCUGCAGCAGAGCCGAUGGGAGGGUCGCCCCAAGGGCCCCCCUCAGCAGCAGCAACAACAGCAGCAGCAGCAACAGGGAGAGGUGCUGCGGCCCCCUUUCAAGUAUCUUUGGAGACCCUCGUGCGUGUUAGGCCAAGCAGAAGGGCCAUUAAACUAAUGCAGCUGCGGGACGAAAGGGACCUUGCUGUAGAGCAGCAGCAGCAACAGCAACGGGAGCAGCAGCAACAGCUUCCCUCAAAGGUGGGCAAACAUCCAUGGGGGGCCCCCGCAGGAGAGCGAAAGGCGUGGGGAGGGGCCCCCAAGACGACGGGGGGGCCCCCUCCAGCGGCAAGCAUUAGGCAGGUAAUGGAGGAAGAGCUGUUGCAGCGGCAGCAGCAGCAGCAGCAGGAGGAGCAGCAGCAGCUGCUGCAGGAUCGGAUGCGUGCUUCUGAGGCCCCUCUUUCUACAGUAAAGAUGGGGGCACCUUUGAAAGUUCGGGGGGCCCCAGCGCAUGACCCCAGCUGCAACUGUUGGGGCCCCGCUGCUGCAGCAAGGGUACAGGGUACUGCAGCAAGGGGCCCCAGCUUAGCAGAGAUAGAAGAAGAAGAGAAAGAGACAGCCUUAGCAAUACUACUAGCAGAAGAAGCCAUCUAUUACGAGCAGCUAAUGCAGCAGUGGGGCCCCCAACAACUAGAGGGUACAGAGGGGCCCUCCCCGCAAGAGGUGGGAGGGGCCCUCCAGGGGGGCCCCGCAAACACAGGGCAGCAGGGGCACCCCAGCAAAGGCACAAGACCCAGUGCAGCAAAAGGCAGAGGCAGAGGGGGGCCCCCACGAACAGGGCCCAGAGGGAAUGGCAACAACAGGGGCCCCUCAAGAUCCUCAGGGGGGCCCCCAGUGGGGUCACCAAACACCAAACGAUCGGGGGCCCCCUCAUCGGGCCCCCCGAAACCCUCGGGAGGGAACUCAAGGGGGGCCCCUAGAUCGGCAGGGCCUCCUAGAGGCAAGCGCCACUCUACAGGGGCCCCCAGAUUCUUUGCGUGUAUUGAUAGCUUCUUGUGCAGCAGCAACAAUAGAGGUUAA